GACAUAUGAAAGUUGGCACACAUGGAGAAACAGAGCAUCAGAAACACUUGUUAUUCUUCUUCUUCUUCUUCUUCUUUAAUGUCAUCUUCUUCUUGGGUUCGUGGUGAGUGUCUCGGAAGAGGUUGCUUCGGUGCAGUUAGUACGGCGAUCAGCAAAACCAACGGUGAAGUUUUUGCCGUGAAAUCCGUGGAUCUCACCACGUGUCUCCCCACUCAAUCAGAGUCUCUCGAAAACGAAAUCUCUGUCCUCUGCUCGCUCAAGCCUCACCCUUACAUCGUGAAGUUUCUCGGCGACGGAGUCUCGAAAGAAGGAACGACGACGUUUAGGAAUCUCUACUUAGAGUAUCUACCAGAAGGUGACGUGGCUAAUUACGCUGUUGGAGGAAUUAACGACGAGACUCUGCUCCAGCGUUACACGGCGUGUCUUGUCUCUGCUCUCCGCCACGUCCACUCUCAUGGAUUCGUUCACUGCGACGUCAAGGCGAGAAACGUCCUAGUCAGCCAAAGCUCCAUGAUCAAGCUAGCCGAUUUCGGGUCGGCGUUCAGAAUCCAUACACCAACAGCACAGAUCACGCCACGUGGAAGCCCGCUUUGGAUGGCUCCGGAGGUGAUCAGACGAGAGUACCAAGGUCCGGAGAGCGACGUCUGGUCUCUCGGCUGCACGAUCAUCGAGAUGUUUACUGGGAAACCCGCUUGGGAAGACCAUGGGAUUAUUGACUCGCUGAGUCGAAUCGGAUUCUCCGACGAGUUACCGGUUUUUCCCUCGAAGCUGUCAGAAAUCGGCCGUGACUUCCUAGAAAAGUGUCUGAAGCGAGACCAUAAUCAGAGGUGGAGUUGCGAUCAGCUUUUGCAGCAUCCAUUUUUGUCUCAGUGUCACAACUCGUCUCCGACUGAGUCAUCUCCGCGUUGCGUACUUGACUGGGUCAACUCCGGGUUUGACUUAGAAGAAGAAGAGGAGGAAGUAGGAAGAUCAGAAUUCGAAGACGCGACGAUGGCAAGAAUUUGUAAUUUGGCGACGACCGGAGGGGCAAUUUGGGAAUCAGAUGGUUGGGUGGAAGUCAGAUGCCACCUUUCGGAAAAGGAAGGGACAAGAAUGGAAUAUUCGGGAUCGACAAGGGUAGUAUCGGAGUAUAACACAUCAUCGGAUCCGUACGAUGACGUGGCCGAUGACUGGGCGAUAAUUGACGUUUAUGUGUCUCCGAAUACACCGCCGGGAAACGGGGGAUCGGCGGCGCUGCUGCUGCCAAAUGAAUUAGUGAUGGUUUUACGUUUAUUAAUGGAAAUUACGGUUUAUACUACAUAUGUCUUUAGCGAAAUUGUUCUCAUAAUUAAUACUAUGGCGACCAACGAACCCGAGCACGAGCACAGAGACGAGGAAGAGGCCGGAGCUAACGAGGAUGAGGACACCGGAGCUCAGGUCGCUCCGAUCGUUAGGCUUGAGGAGGUUGCUGUCACUACCGGCGAGGAAGACGAAGACGCCAUCCUCGAUCUGAAAUCGAAGCUGUAUCGGUUCGAUAAGGAUGCGAAUCAGUGGAAAGAGAGAGGAGCUGGUACUGUGAAGCUCUUAAAGCAUAAGAACACUGGGAAGAUUCGUCUCGUUAUGAGGCAAUCGAAAACUUUGAAGAUCUGUGCUAAUCACUUCGUUAAAUCGGGCAUGAGUGUUCAGGAACACGUUGGGAAUGAAAAGUCAUGUGUGUGGCACGCUCGUGACUUUGCUGAUGGUGAACUAAAAGAUGAGCUUUUCUGUAUCCGAUUUGCUUCAAUUGAGAAUUGCAAAACAUUUAUGCAAAAGUUCAAGGAAGUUGCUGACUCUGAAGAAGAGAAAGAAGAGAGCAAAGAUGCCUCUGACACUGCUGGUCUUCUUGAGAAAUUGACUGUGGAAGAGACAAAAACAGAGGAGAAAACCGAAUCGAAAGCUGUGGAGACGGCAAAGACUGAAGUGAAAGCAGAAGAAAAGAAAGAGAGCGAGGCAGAGAAAUCUGGUGAAGAAAAGAAAAUUGAAGAAACUGGUCCCUCAACUUAAGAAGCAUCAACAUUUACGCUGCCAAAUCCUGGCAAGGUAAUUUAGCCUCUAAAUGUUUUGAUGCAUCAAGAGUCUACCAUUGUCUUGGCACUAUCUAUCUAUACAUGUUUUGUCGAGUCAUAUCAAGUGGUUGGGGGAUCGCUUGGGGUCGGGUUUUGCUGAAUGCUGAGUCGUUAUGGGUCUAUAGUUUUUGAGUCUAAAGCGUCGGGGUGAUAUGAGAGAUUCGGGAGAAAAUAUUUUUUCAAGUUGGUUAUCUGAAAGAGUACAUUGGUUUCAUUGUUUUAAGUUUUCUCAUGGAUCCUUUUUGGAUUGUCUUAUUUUGAGGAUACAGAUGUGUUUGUCCAUGGACAAGAAUCAGAAGUCUCCAUUUUUUUUCUUUUGAAAAUCCGAUGCAUUUGAUUUUUUUAAUCUUCAAGGUCAUUGCCAAUCUACUACUUGUGUAAGUCGAUGCUAGUCUUGAUGAAGAUCCAAAAUAUAUAUUACUUUUUAAU